CCCUGCGCUGCGCCGUAGGUGGAGAGAGGAAAGCAAACAACAACAAAGAAGCGAGCUUUCGCGGAGCCGUUAAGCUGCACCUCCUCCGUCCGAGGCCGGCUGCUCCACCUAAUCCCCUCCGCUUUGCCCAUCCACCACCCUUCCAUGGCGGCCGUCAAGCCGCCGCCGCCCGACCAGUCCCCGCAGCCCGCGCGCCUGCCGUCCCCCUCCUCGGCCGCCGCCGCCAAGCGCGGCGCCACCGGCUCCCGCGGCCUGCUCAUGGGGCGCUACGAGCUGGGCCGCGUCCUCGGCCACGGCACCUUCGCCAAGGUCUACCACGCGCGCCACCUGCAGACGGGCGAGAGCGUCGCCAUCAAGGUGCUCGACCGGGAGAAGGCGGUGCGGAGCGGCCUCGUCUCGCACAUCAAGCGCGAGAUCGCCGUGCUGCGCCGCGUGCGCCACCCAAACAUCGUGCACCUCUUCGAGGUCAUGGCCACCAAGACCAAGAUCUACUUCGUCAUGGAGCUCGUCCGCGGCGGCGAGCUCUUCUCCCGCGUCUCCAAGGGCCGCCUCAAGGAGGACAUCGCGCGCCGAUACUUCCAGCACCUCGUCUCCGCCGUCGGCUUCUGCCACGCCCGCGGGGUCUUCCACCGCGACCUCAAGCCCGAGAACCUCCUCGUCGACGAGGCCGGCAACCUCAAGGUGUCCGACUUCGGCCUCUCCGCUGUCGCCGAGCCGUUCCAGCCCGACGGCCUCCUGCACACCUUCUGCGGCACGCCCGCCUAUGUCGCCCCCGAGGUGCUCGCCCGCAAGGGGUACGAGGGGGCUAAGGCCGACAUAUGGUCCUGCGGCGUCAUCCUCUUUGUGCUCAUGGCUGGGUAUCUCCCUUUCCAUGACCAGAACCUCAUGUCCAUGUACCGGAAGAUUUACAAGGGGGAGUUCCGCUGCCCAAGGUGGUUCUCCAAGGACCUCACCAGCUUGAUCGUCCGUUUCCUUGACACUAACCCCAGCACCAGGAUCACCUUGCCGGAGGUCAUGGAGAGCCGCUGGUUCAAGAAAGGUUUCCGGCCCGUCAAGUUCUACAUCGAGGAUGACCAGCUCUACAACGUGAUCGAUGCCGAGAAUGAUAUGCUGGACCUGGGGCUCACUGACCCUAUUCCUCAACAGUUGCUGCCUCCACCGCCUCCGCAGGAGGUCGACGCCGAUGAUUCCGGUUCGGAGUCGGAUUCGUCGGUUGUGUCCUGCCCUGCCACUUCCUCAUUCGAGGAGCGGCGCCAGAGGCUCCCUGGACCGCUCCCACGCCCCGCAAGCCUUAAUGCGUUUGAUAUCAUAUCAUUCUCAAGGGGAUUCAACUUGUCGGGGCUGUUCGAGGAGAAAGGGGACGAGGUGAGAUUCAUCUCAAGCGAACCUAUGUCGGAGAUUAUAACUAAAUUGGAGGAGAUCGCUAACGUGAAGAGCUUCGCCGUGCGGAAGAAGGAUUGGCGGGUGAGCCUAGAGGGUACAAGGGAAGGAGUUACGGGGCCACUAACAAUUGGCGCCGAGAUUUUCGAGCUCACCCCCUCCCUUGUAGUAGUAGAGGUCAAAAAGAAGGCGGGUGAUAAGGAAGAGUAUGAUGAUUUCUGUAACAAGGAAUUGAAGCCGGGAAUGCAACACCUUGUCCACCAGAUGGUUCCAACUCCAAUUACACCUACCAUUUCCGAGUAGGUAGAAAGGCUUUCAAAGUUACCGGCGUCAUUGCCCCUGGAGCUAACCGGGAUAGGUGCAAAGCCUCCAAGCGGCGAGAGCUAGAAGCAGGAGUUGAGUGCAACUGACAGGAGGAUCUCUUGUAGUGGGACUGAAAACCUGACCAGUUUGGGCACUGAUGAUGAGCGUGGUUAACUCACAAGAGAGUUCGUUUCUGGAGAGCAUAAUGUUGUUCCGAGAUGAAGCUAGAUUGUGGCUGUAUAUACUAUGGUUGGUGUUGGCUUAGCUGCUAAAUGGCUCAAGUUAAUUAGCUGGUUGUGUACUCCUACUGCUGGUUUUCAGCAGGAUCGAAUAAUUUUGGGUAAUCGUUUAAGCUGAUUGACGAAUAA